AUGGUCCCUAUUAUCAAAAUAUCUGAUAAAUUGCUGGAGUUAAAAUCAAACUCCAAAGCAGUGUCUAAAGGGGAUAUCUUAGAUUUUCUUCAGCCCUCAUCAGAUUCUCUAGCUCUUUUGGGACACUCUAUAACUGAGGUCAAUAUCAAGUAUCAUGAGCUUAUACAACCUGACUUAAAUGAUCAAUUCAAGCAACUUUGCAGUGCUCAAACUCCUGUGACUAAAAUGCUAAUUGGAGAUGACUUACCAAAGUCAGUGACUGAAAUUUCUGAAACAAAGAAAGUGGGUGUCAAAGUUUCAUCCAAACAGACAGGAUAUCACCACAAGCAGCAAGGGAGAUCAAAUUUCUCUUAUUGCGAGAACCACCAGAAUCAGAAGCCUUUUUAAUGGAAAACUUAGGGCUGGGGAGAGAUCUUCUCUAGACCCCAAAUGGAAGGGGAGACACGAACAACAACAAUAACUGCUGCUAAGCCUUAACCUAAACCUAAAUUUGCAGGUGAGUCUUAAUAAUGAUAAUGAUCAUGCCAAUGCAUAUAGCAUAUCAUUUGUUGCUGGUAUAUUAAAACAUUUUCUACCUGCAUGACAAACUAUAACCUCUGACUAUUUUAUACUUAGUUUUGUAAAGGGGUCAAAAUUGAGUAUUGUAACUAUCCCCAACAGACCAUCAUUCCUAGAGAAUACAAUUUCAAUGCAACUAAGGCACUUAUUAUUGACAAUCAAAUUGCAAAGUUUUUAGAAACAGGAUUUAUUGAGAAAACAACACAUUCUGAAGAAUACAUAUCCAACAUUUUUAUUUGGCUGAAGAAAGAUGGCUCAUAUCAACUGAUUCUCAGUCUGAAAUAUCUAAAUCAAUCUGUGCAAUAUCACCAUUUCAAAAAAGAAAAACUAAGAAGUGUCAUCACUCUAAUGAGCCCUAACUGUUACAUGGCUAACAUAGAUUUAAAUGAUGCCUACUAUUCUGGGUCUAUAGACCCAAAUCAUAGAAAAUAUCUUUGGUUCAAAUGGAAGAACCACUUUUUUCAGUUUACUUGUCUUCCCAAUGGAUUGAGUAGUGCUCUGAGAAUAUUCACAAAAUUAAUGACGCCAGCAUACUCAACCUUGCACUCCAAAGGUUUUGAGAAUGUGGGCUAUAUAGAUGAUACUUAUCUCAAAGGGAACACUUUUCAGGAUUGUGAUGAAAACAAUCAAGCUAUUCACAAAUUUGGGCCUUACACUUAACAGAGAAAAAUCAGUUCUUGUUCCUAGUCAGUAUAUUAAUCUUAUGGGUUUCACACUAAACUCUGUUGAAAUGAAAGUUUCUCUGACACCCACAAAAGCCACAAAGAUCAAAUUAAAAGCAGUUGGCUUGUACCAUAACCUCUCUCCCACUGUCUCUGAGGUGAUUGGUCUUAUGGUAGCAAGCUUCCCUGGGGUACGGUAUGGUCCCCUAUAUUAUAGUCAACUUGAACUAGAGACAAGGUUAAAACCUUAAAACAAAAUAAAGCCAAUUUUAAAGCCAUCAUGACUCUUUCAGACAUGGCAAGAUCUGAUCUU